AUGUCGCAGUCGUACCUUCGAGAAAUACAUGUAGGGACAACAGGAGCAGCUACAAAUACAAUCACGCACCAUAACAUCGUCAUCCAUGAACUUAACCAUGUUUGUGACUCGCUCACCGGUCGAGCCAUGACCGGCUCAUGGCUCUGGGACUCAGCCCUUGUUUUAUCAGAUCAUAUCUCAACUCAUAAUAAUGAUAACUUUGGGUUGUUUAGCCUGCACGGCAAGACCGUGCUGGAGCUUGGUGCUGGCACGGGCCUGCCUGGAUUGACAGCGAGCCGGCUCGGUGCUCGUAACGUUAUACUAACCGAUCUUGCCCCGCUAAUACCCGGGUUGUGGGACAAUGUGGUGGUCAAUGGGAUGGACGAUGGCCGAGUCAAGGUGGCCGAGCUUGUGUGGGGAUCGGACGAGUUACCGAGUCAACUCAGUGAGUUGGGUUGUGGGGUUGACGUGGUGUUGAUGUCGGACGUGUUGUAUGACCCGUCUUUGAUGGGACCAUUGGCGAAGACGUUGAUGAUGGUGUGCCGGGGUGGUACGGUUAUAUGGGCGGCUAGCGAGGUUAGGGAGUCGACGGCUGAGUGCUUACUCGAGUUGGCGAGUCAUGGGUUUGAGGUGACCGAGUUGGCGAGUCAACGUGGUUCAAGUUGGUUAUUGGAGACUAACAGCACAAAUGAAUUCGCUGUUUAUCUUAUAACACCUCCAAAAUAG